UUUUUUUUGAGAACAAUUGAUUUCUUGUUUAUAUUUGUAAAAGAGAAGUUUUAUUCCGAAUACCGUUGUGAAAUAAUAUAUUACAUAGUAUAUUUAUUUAAAAAAAGAUCAAAUGGAGAUUAAUUCCAAACCAGAAAAUAGCAAAACUCAUAAAGGCCAAAGUUUUUUUGACAAUGAUGACCCGGAUGAUCUAUUUCAAAUACUUAUGGAUGCUUUAAAAACAUUAUGGUCCAAUAUAAGACGUCUAAGUACAUAUGCAUUGAACGAGUUGGGUGGAUAUCAGACUAUAGAUAAAGCAAUAAAAUGGUGCGCAAAUAAUCCGCAUUUAGCAUUAAUAUUAUUCGCUGGCGGUUUAGUUACUGUUGGUCCAGUUUUAGUUGUGCUGGGCUUCGGUUUAAUGUUUGCCAUUAUAACAUUCGUGGGAUUUUUAUUAUUAGAAGGCACAUUGCUUACUUUCAUAUCGAUGUUACUAUUUAUUUGUUUUGGACUCUUAUCAAUGGUAGCAGUAUUCUUUGUUACUAUAGGUGUAGCUGCAUAUUUUGGUUUCACACAAUUUACAGAUUUGUAUGGUAGUCUCGAGCGUUAUAAAAACAUUUUCGUUAGUUUCCUGCAACCCCAAAAAGAAAGCACAUCACAACGAAAUGUCUCACAAACUAAUAAAAUCGAUGUUGUCGCAUCUGGAUAAAUCUAUUAGAGAUACAUAAGUCAUAUUUAACUAAUACAGAUUUAUUUAUCUCUGGUUCUACUAUUUAGAAAAAUAUUUUGGAUUGGUUCAAUGGAGAAUUUUUAUAUACAUUACCUGCAUACUUAUUUAUAUAUUAAAAUACGUAUUUAGUUUGUAAAUAUUUCAGUAUAUAACUAUAAUCGAAUUCUAAUUUUCUUAAUUGAAUUGGAGUAUAUUUGUAUUAUUGAUUUUAUAUAUAAUAGAUUCUUAUAAAAAAAAUCGCAAAUAUAUACAACUAAA